AUGGCGGAAGUCAAACAAUACCACCUCUUCCCUACGGGACUUAUCCCCAACUCCCCCCGACCCCUACUACACUACAAGAAAGUAUUCGCACAACGUCCAAACACCUCCCACUGCGACCCGGUCGAAGUCUGGAAACUAUUCACGCAGAAUGAAUGGGACGUUCAAUGGAUCUUCCGAUACGGCCCCACCCAGCUCUCACAUUAUCACUCCAAGGCACACGAGUGCAUGGCCGUGCUCUCGGGAACAGCCAAGAUCCGGUUCGGUGUGGCAGAUACCUCGCCCGACAUGCACGAGAAUACGUACGGGUCCGCAUGGGAAGAGGGCGGUGUCGUCUUACAGGCCGAGGCUGGGGAUGUGUUCGUGAUCCCAGCGGGUGUCGCUCAUAAAACGCAUGAUACCAAGCCCGAUGCGCAGUUUGCAUUGCUCUCGCCGGGCACGGGGCAUGGUAUCCAGGCUGCGGAUCCGGUGGGGGCUUUGUCGAGGGUUGAGCUGGAUGGGUUUACUAUGAUGGGGGCUUAUAGUGGGGGGGAUUGGGAUUUCGUUGCUGCGGGGGGCGAUUUCGAGAAGGUGUGGAGUGUGCCGAAGCCCAGGCGUGAUCCUGUUUUUGGGAAGUCGGAGAAUGGGCUUCGGGGGAGGUGGUAGGGAAGUGAUACUGUCGCUAAAGCUAGUCUGUGAUUCAUCGGUGGCACUUUAGUAUUGUUCUGGAUGAGAAGGGUAAUAAUAGUCGCAUAACUCGUGGAGACCCC